AGAAGUCCAUCCCAUCUCAGAGCCAUUAGCAUUCCUAUGAUCUGGAGAAAGUAAAACCGAGAGACACACAGUUGCUUUUCUUUAGUCGCAGUAGAUGAUGGAUACAGGAACCGGUGUCGAGAUGUCGAACUCGCUGGAGCGGAGUGAUCACACUGCAUUCGUGGAAGGGAGCUUUCUUUAUGUGUGGGGAGGCUGUAAGUCAGUCUCCGGAACAGAAACACUGUUACCCAGUGAUGAGAUUUGGCUGUGCGAUUUGGAUAGUGGAAUAUGCCACCUGUCCCAACACACACUACCCACAGACAUACACACUACGGAGCUUUAAUUUGCGUGUGUGUGUGUGUGUGUCAGGGAGCGGAGGGGGAUGGAGGGAGAAAUCCCUCCGGCCUUAUCAGGCGCCUGCGGUUCUUAUCACAACGGCACUCUCUACGUGUUUGGAGGGUGUGACCCAAAUGGACACACCAACCAGCUAUACAGUGUUGACCUGCUGGAAGGAUGCUACACCUGGAGGAAAGUGACAGACGCUGGGGGAAACACCCCCUCACCCAGAGACAAACAGUCCUGUUGGGUAAACCGAGACAGGCUCAUCUACUUUGGAGGGUAUGGAUGUAAAACCAUAAGAGAGGUCAACAACUCAAGGAACUUCACAGUCCAUGAAUCAUCCUGGGCAAUGAUUGGGACGACAUUCUUUAGGUUCUGGGGCUGGAACAGCGAAGUCAACGUUUUUGACACACACACUGCGACGUGGGAAGAACCUGAAACCCAUGGUCAGACCCCAUCUCCUAGAGCCUCCCACACCAGCGCCACCCUGGGGGACAAAGGUUACAUCUGCGGAGGUCUGGAGGACACAGAUUUGGACAUCCACUGUCUGGAUCUGGACACCUGGAUAUGGACACGGAUUGACUUCCUCUCGUCUUUGGUGCCCGUGGGGCGUUCCAUGCACACCCUGACCCCAGUGUCUGACCACACCCUCUUCCUGUUUGGUGGGCUGAGUAUCACUGGUGAUUCUUUAAGUGACGGAUGGGAGUUUGACACUCAGACAAAUUCAUGGAGAGAGAUGGAUCACCUACACCAUGACAAGCCCAGGUUGUGGCAUUCGGCGUGUCGGGGCAAGGAUAAUGAUGUGGUUGUCUUCGGGGGGAGUCGAGACUACGUCCUCCUGAUGGACUCGGUCACUGUUUUGAGGUCUCCGUCACAGAACCACUGCAAAGAUGUUCUAGUCUUUCAGACCCAGCCAUACCCCCUACUCAGAUUAUGUAAAGACUGCAUAGGCUAUAACGCUGAUGUUUUGCAAGAGCAGCUUUUGUGGCUGCCACCCAAACUACAGGAGACUGUGGACAAGAGCGUGUCCUUCUUCAGGAUCGGCCCAAACCAGGAAAAUAAAAAACGGUUGGACCUGGUUUUAGAUUGACAGUAUUUCAAGAUAUAUUACAUGACAAAAGUUUUAUUGACUGUUUUGUUUAAGUGUGGUAUUCUAUUUGUUUUUAUCAGAACUUGUUCCUUUCACUUUUCUAAAGCUCAUUAGGAAAUGAGUCUCAUUGGUGCAUCGGUCUAAAGCUCUUCUCACACAGGUCAUGAAUGGGAGAUGGCUACAGGUAGUAAGAUUGGAUAUUUGGCAAAAAAAACAAUGUUUUGCAAUUAAUGUACAAUCAAUAGUAGCCCAUUUAACUUGACAAAAUGAAAACAGGAAAAUAAGGUUGUUGUAUUUUCUUUUAAUGUUGAUUAAUAAAAUGUUGCUGACUUAAAAUAUUGUUGGAUGUGCUCUAUUCAAAGCCUACUCUUUGGUUCGACUGGGUACCUCAACAAUGCUAGCUACAUAGGCUGUGAUUAGACAGGCAGCCCAAUUCUAAUCGAACGGCCAAUUAGUGAAAAAAAGAUCAGAAUUGGGCUGACUGUCUAAAUGCAGAUAUUGAAGUAGUCCCUCUUGACAGCUACACAUUGGCUGGCACAAGAUUUCAAAGAACGCUUGCAAGAUUGGCUAGAUUUGACAUUGUUGCAUUCAAGUCAAGUUCGCUUUCUAAAGCAGAAGCAGAGACAUUCUGGCACAUAGGCUGCUUUGUGUAUGUAAGAAAAACAAUGAGACAAAUUCUCAAAUAUUCAGUUUUACUCCAAUGAAUUUUAAUGCUUCAUUGCAAAACUUAGAAUAGAAUAAUAUAAAUCAUACCUAUUUAAUUUUUCAAACUUAUAAAACACCCUUGAAUCCCUGUGAAUGGUAACAUUUUUGAAUUCUUCAUUUCUGUCAAGCCGUAUCACACCACGAAUUAAGUAUUUUUUUUCGUAUGCACAGCGGUGAUAUUUUAAACGGCUCUUUUAGGACAUCAUUAGUUCUGUUCAUGUUUAUUAAUGUUCUAUUUUAUGUUUGGUGUGGACCCCAGGAAGAGUAGCUGCUGCUUUCACAACAGCUAAUGGGGAUCCUAAUAAAAUACCAUUGAUUGAUAAUUGUGCACACCUGUUUCUGCCUAGCCCAAACCAAGUGCUGCUGAUUAGUGUAACUAUUGUAAUCAGUAGAUACAGACCGGUAGGUAUUCUAACAGGUACUAGUUAGUAAAUACAGUUUGCUAACAAGUACUAACACGGAAGCCCUCUAGGUUCUAAAUUAUAGAAAUAUCUGUCCUAAAAUGUACAACUGUCAUCUGGAAGCCGAUCCUAAACUUUCCAACUUCAUGCAAAAUUUCGGAAUAAUUAAUACAUUUUGGGGAACUCUAUAUAUUGUAUACUGCCUAAUAGAUGCAAGCUUAAUAUGGUAUGGCCUCACUGGGGUCGUUAUGUCACUACAAAUAAACCACGGGGAAGACCUAGACAUUUAAAACCAUUUAGGUGUAGUAGUAUUAGGGCAUUGAGCUGUCCGAUAGUGGACUGUGUACUGAAAAUGGCAGUGAGAAGCUUUAUUAGCUAAAUCAAUUGACUUUUCAAAAACCAUGAAUAAUAGACCAUAUGAGCAAAAACAUGGUCAGAGACAAUAUUCAAGUCUUAAUGGCACUAGUUGUUUCCUUUUCUCUUUCUUCCCUCCUCUCCCUCUCUUGGGCUGUGUCUUGUUUCCCAUAUUCCCCCCCCCCCUUUUUUUCAUCUCCCCAUUUCUCCUGGACUAAGUUCAGCAGUGGAGUGAAACUCUGAACCUUGCAGAUAGAAAAGUACAACCUAGAGAGGACA